ACUCGUCGAGAUCGGAGUCGGAUAGACGUGCAAACAUGGGGAACUGCUUCAGCAGCCAAACCGACGUGGAGAAGGAGAAGUCCGACAGGAUUGGCAAUCCGAGCAUAGAGGCGGUCGCGUCCCAAGUCAGCCCGGUGCCGACACCGCCACCGGAUCCCAUCAGGCCGAUUCCGCAGAUCCCGGACACGGACGUUGCGACCGCAAAGAUAUUCGUCGCGUUGUACGAUUACGAUGCGCGCACGGACGAGGAUCUGAGUUUCAGGAAGGGGGAACACUUAGAGAUAAUCAACGACACGCAGGGAGACUGGUGGCUGGCCAAGAGUAAGAGGACCAGGCAGGAGGGUUACAUUCCCAGCAAUUACGUCGCCAAAUUGAAGUCAAUCGAGGCGGAACCAUGGUAUUUUAGGAAGAUUAAGCGAAUUGAGGCCGAGAAAAAAUUGCUCCUGCCAGAAAACGAUCACGGCGCGUUUCUGAUAAGAGACUCCGAGAGCCGACACAAUGAUUACUCCCUUUCAGUGCGCGAUGGCGACACGGUCAAGCAUUACCGUAUCCGCCAACUGGACGAGGGUGGCUUCUUUAUCGCUAGGCGAACCACUUUCAGAAACCUGCAAGAUCUCGUCGAGCACUACAGCAAGGACGCGGACGGCCUCUGCGUCAAUCUAUGCAAACCUUGUGUGCAGGUUGAGAAACCCGUAACGGAGGGCCUUAGUCACCGUACGCGAGAUCAAUGGGAGAUUGAUCGUUCGUCAUUGAAAUUCUUGAGGAAAUUGGGACAGGGACAGUUUGGUGAAGUUUGGGAAGGUCUAUGGAACAACACUACCCCAGUGGCGAUAAAGACGCUUAAGCCGGGUACCAUGGACCCGAAAGACUUCCUUGCCGAGGCGCAGAUCAUGAAGAAACUACGACACGCCAAGCUAAUUCAGUUGUAUGCCGUGUGCACGAUGGAGGAGCCAAUAUAUAUCAUUACGGAAUUGAUGAGAAACGGCAGCUUACUGGAAUAUUUACAAGGUAUGCAAGGAAAAGGCAGAGGCCUCAAACUGCAACAACUGAUCGACAUGGCCGCGCAAAUAGCCGCUGGUAUGGCUUAUUUGGAAUCUCAGAAUUAUAUUCAUCGAGAUUUGGCCGCCCGUAACGUUCUCGUAGCUGAUGGAAACGUCGUUAAAAUCGCGGACUUUGGCUUAGCUAGACUCAUUAAGGAAGAUGAGUAUGAAGCUAGAAUAGGAGCGCGUUUCCCUAUCAAAUGGACUGCACCCGAGGCCGCCAAUUAUAGCAAAUUCAGUAUUAAAUCUGAUGUAUGGUCGUUUGGUAUUCUUCUUACGGAAUUGGUCACAUAUGGUAGAAUACCUUAUCCAGGCAUGACAAAUGCUGAGGUUCUUCAUCAAGUGGAACAUGGCUAUAGAAUGCCGUGUCCACCUGGUUGUCCCGAUACGCUUUACAAUAUUAUGCUAGAAUGCUGGAACAAGGAUCCUAUGAAGAGACCGACUUUCGAGACACUUCAAUGGAAACUCGAGGAUUUCUUUACCAUGGAAGGUUCCGAGUACAAAGAAGCGUCUGCAUAUUGAAUAGAGGAUUUCGAAUUCUUCCAUGUUGCUCCAUUAAGAGACGCGAUGGUCGUAUCAUCGUCAUUACAUCGACGGUGAUUAUGACCUUCAUUGAUCUAUUUGUGACGCUUGUUUUCGCGGUAUUUUCGGUACCGCAGCUUUUAUACUCGAACGACUAUGAUUAUUUGGCGUACGAUCGAUACAUAGUAGGAUAGUUUUAUUUAACAAUACAAUUUUCUUCUUCCUUUUUAUUUCUCUUUCUGUUCCUUCAUUAUCUGUUUUAUCUUUUACGUUCUCGUCUUCGCACAUUCUGUCUGCCAUAAAGCUCGAAGAAUGAUAUUUGUACAUUUUUACUUAUAUGACUUGACAAACGUAUAUUGGCAUUUUGAUAGCUUUACCUGGAGCGGCGACGAGGUUUUAGAUAUCGUUUUAGAUCGCAGUAAGGAUGUUAUACACGUAGACGUUAAAUGGCCUUUGUAAAAUCGUUUAUAAGUGUCAGUUAGUAAUGAAGUAAACCUUGAUAAGCUAUCAGGGUGAUAAUUCCGGGUGAUGAUGACGGUAGUAGGAGCGAUGUAACAUAUUCGUGUACAAUAUAAGUUAUACUUCCUGUGUUACAAUUCCCGUAUAUAUUACGAUGUGACGAAGAGUAAAUCUCUUGUAUCCGCAUUGACAACGUUGAGAUGAAACCACGACGGACCAUAAAUGCACAAUUUUAUCAUUCCUUCUUUUCGCUCGAGUUUGACGCAAAUUAAUUACGAUGUACUCCUGUAAAGGCAAAUGUAUGGAAAACGUCGAAAACGACGAAAUGAAACUUUUCGUUCACGUUAUGUGCAUACGUGUGCGAAAAUCGAGAAAAUUACAAUCGGUCCGUCCAAGACAACGCGGAAGACUAUGUCCUAGAGCGACUACGUCGAACGACGUUAUUUCUUUCGUCUAUCUAUUUGUCGUGAAACGGUGAAUACUGACACAAACUGCCAGCUAACGUUUUCUAAGGUACACUUGUUACUUAUAACGUGUAAAAUCACUUGUCGGAGAUAUAUACGCAAGAAUGUAUGCGUCUGUCGAAUAUCUAUGCAUGAGAAAUGUACGAAUUUGCUAUGGAGACGAGAAAUCAGUUUAUCGUCAUAAUUUUAAGUAUUCAAAGAAAGAGAAUGUACAUCACGAAUUGCGUCAUCUUCGUUAAUCAUCAUUCGGACAUGUUCAUGUUAUCGAAUUUGUCAUUUUUAUAUAUUUUUAUAUCUCGUGUCUAAUGUUUUAUUAUACUCAUUUAUUGCGACUUUCCACGACUUUUACAAACGACUCGAACUUGAGAGAAUAAUUAUUAUUACGCGUAAAAUAAGCGGAUAUUAGAUGUACUUUAUAAAUGUACGACUCCAUAAUGGUAAAUUAUGAAAAAUUAUAUAGAUAUUUUAGAAAUAUUUUGAUCCCAUUUAACGCAUAUGCGCAAACAUGUACGGAAUGUGCCAAAACUAUCGCCAUUCCUUUCGUUUCUGGUUCUAACAUGAAGUUGGAGUCGAUUUUUCUGUGUGAUUAAAAUUUUAUUGGAAGCUUCCUUCCAACCAUCUGCACAAUCUUUUCACAUUAACUGUUUUAAUAAUAAAAAGUUUCAGAAUAAGAAUAUUUUAAUGUUAAAAAACUUUUUCGAAAAAAUCGACUCUAAUUUCGUCAGAGAAUACGCCUCCGGAAUUUGAUGCAAAUCGUACAAAACAUCUUGACACACGUGCGUGUAAAUAUAUACGAUAUCAACUAGAACCCAUCUUCUGUUCUGAAAUCAGAGCUGUGUUAAUAGUACCAAAUUAAUCGUGAAUUUCAAAGAUGCGUGCUUACAACCGAUAUCGUCGUCGGGUAAAUCUUUGUAAUACCGUUAUAUAUCACUUAGAUUAACGAUACAUCGACCAACUUCCCAUAAAAAAAGUACGAUUUCUUUCAAUUAAAUCUUAUCUUACGUUUCUCUGAGAAAUUUUAAUUCAGUAAAGGAAAAUGUGUUAUUUGUAAGAGAAGAUAUUUUAUAUAUUUUAAAACGGAGAAAUUUAUUAAACUAUAUACAUAAAAUCUGUUGAUUAUAAGUUGCGACGACACUCUGCACUAAGAAGUAAGAUAAAAAUACUACCAACUAUAUAUAAUAAUAAUAAUGAAAUGUAAUGCAACGAUUACAAGCACAAAAUGGAUGAAAGUUUACUGGAACUACUGUUAAUUUUUAUCCAAACUCUUUUCUUCUAAUUAGAAGGAAAAACAAUUUUCCUAUCACAUAACUAUGUAAUAGGAACUUGUGGCGAGUGAAGAUAAAGUACUCUAGAUGUAUAAGAAAUAAGUGACAAAAAUAAACGCAACAGUUUUGUUUAUGAAAA